AUGACCAGAAGAAACCACUCUUCACCGACUGAGUUCAUCCUGUUGGGAUUAGCAGACACGAUGGAGCUACAGAUUGUCCUCUUCUUGCUUUUUCUGGUGAUUUACACGCUUACAGUUCUGGGGAAUGUUGGGAUGAUCCUCUUAAUCAGGAUUGAUUCCCGACUUCACACACCCAUAUAUUUCUUCCUGGCUAACCUGUCCUUUGUGGAUGUUAGUUACUCCUCCACCAUCACCCCUAAGAUGCUGGUGGACCUAUUAUCAGAGGAGAAAACCAUCUCCUUUGCUGGCUGCUUUCUGCAACUGUACUUUUUCAUCGCCCUGGCCACAACUGAGUGCAUCCUUUUCGGGUUAAUGGCCUAUGACCGUUAUGUGGCCAUAUGCAACCCUCUGCUUUACUCCCUGGUCAUGUCCAGGACUGUCUGCCUCAAAAUGGCAGCAGGGGCUUUUACAGCAGGAUUCUUGAACUCCAUGGUUAACACAAGUUAUGUGAGCAGCUUUCCAUUCUGCAGUUCCAAUGUCAUUCAUCAUUUCUUCUGUGAUAGCCCUCCACUUUUUAGGCUCUCAUGUUCAGAUACACACCUGAAGCAACAAAUGACCAGAAGAAACCACUCUUCACCGACUGAGUUCAUCCUGUUGGGAUUAGCAGACACGAUGGAGCUACAGAUUGUCCUCUUCUCGCUUUUUCUGGUGAUUUACACGCUUACAGUUCUGGGGAAUGUUGGGAUGAUCCUCUUAAUCAGGAUUGAUUCCCGACUUCACACACCCAUGUAUUUCUUCCUGGCUAACCUGUCCUUUGUGGAUGUUAGUUACUCCUCCACCAUCACCCCUAAGAUGCUGGUGGACCUAUUAUCAGAGGAGAAAACCAUCUCCUUUGCUGGCUGCUUUCUGCAACUGUACUUUUUCAUCGCCCUGGCCACAACUGAGUGCAUCCUUUUCGGGUUAAUGGCCUAUGACCGUUAUGUGGCCAUAUGCAACCCUCUGCUUUACUCCCUGGUCAUGUCCAGGACUGUCUGCCUCAAAAUGGCAGCAGGGGCUUUUACAGCAGGAUUCUUGAACUCCAUGGUUAACACAAGUUAUGUGAGCAGCUUUCCAUUCUGCAGUUCCAAUGUCAUUCAUCAUUUCUUCUGUGAUAGCCCUCCACUUUUUAGGCUCUCAUGUUCAGACACACACCUGAAUGAAAGCAUCUUUUCCACAUUGGCUGGUGUGAAUAUGGUUGGGGCUUUGCUGGUCAUCCUCACCUCCUACUCCUACGUUCUCUUUUCUAUCUUCCAUAUGCAUUCAGGGGAGGGGAGGCGCAAAGCCCUCUCAACCUGUGGGUCCCACCUGACAGCUAUAACUCUGUUCUAUGCCACUGCCAUCUAUACCUAUCUGAGACCUAGUUCCAGCUACUCCCUGAUCAGGACAAAGUGGCUUCUGUGUUCUACACAGUGGUGA